AUGGAUGUUCCUACCAGAUGGAACUCCACUUAUUCAAUGCUUGAAGCUGCAUUAGAUUUGAAAAGUGCAUUCCACCGCUUAGGGCAAAUUGACAAACAAUAUAAGCACAAUCUUUCUGAGGAUGAGUGGAAUAUAGCAAAUGUGAUUUGUGGGUGUUUGAAGAUUUUUUUUGAUGCUACAUCUCACUUUAGUGGUACCACUUUUCCGACUUCAAAUGUGUUUUUUCCUGAUAUUUGUCUUAUUCAACUUGAAAUGAAAAAAUGGAAGCAAAGUGUGUAUGAUUGCAUUCGAUUGAUGGCCGGUCCAAUGAGAGUGAAAUUUCAAAAAUAUUGGGAAGAAUGUUCUUUGGUGUUAGCAAUUGCUGUGGUUCUUGAUCCGAGAUUUAAAAUGGACUUGGUGGAAUACUACUUUGGGCUUAUUUAUGGUGUUGAUGCUAAUAAGCAUAUUCAGAGGGUCCGUAAUGGUUUUGUUGAUCUUUUUUAUGAGUAUAGGAGUGAUUCUUCUGAUUCUAUGAGUUGCAUUGCCCUUGUUUCUGAAAAUAGUAGCUCAAGUGGUAGUCAAUUGCAUAGGUGGAGCAAUACUUGGAGGAGUUGGUGUUUCAAAGUAAUGAGAGCUUCAAUAUUCUACAUUGGUGGAAAGUGA